AUGGUGGUGAGGAAGGCCUUCUUUGUCCUCCCUCUUCUUUCUUUUAUGAUCCAAGAAUGUCUGUCGGCGGAUCCGGUCCUGAACAGGGGCAGCUUCCCAAAGGGCUUCGUCUUCGGCACUGCAUCUUCGGCGUACCAGGUGGGUUGCCCUCCCUUCUUCCUCCUCUGGCCCCCCAAAGAAAUCUCUAUGCUUCUCCACCUCUAUCCCUUCUCUCCACCCACCAUGCAUUAGAGCCGUUAAAAAGUCCUCACCGUAUUCGGGGUUCCAGAGGUGAGAGACAAAUCCCACCGGGAACUAGUUGCUUGGUGUUGUCUCCGCCCUCCUGGUCUCCAUGGGAAUCCCCAUAACAGUGUCUUCUAGUGUGUGCGCCUGCUACUGGCUCGAGUUGGCUAUGGCUUCAUGUGUUGUACUCACUCCCUUUCUUUCUCUUACGACAUCUCUGUACAGUACGAAGGCGCGGUGAAGGAAGACGGGCGAGGCCCCUCCAUCUGGGACAAAUACACCUAUACCUUUGGUAACUAAACUUCCCUUUUGACCUUACUGCUGGAAUUAAUCUUAAUGAGGAUAAUUAUAUACGAAUUGUGUAUCUUGGGGCUAUCAUUGAGUUAAUUUAUUUUUAAAGUGGUUCAAUGAUGUUUAAGUAUUUAAGAUUAUGUCAUCUCUUGUAAGUAUGGUUAUAAAUAUAAAAUGUGUAGAGUCUAUUUCAUAUUUUUAUUUUUUAUGCAUUGAAUUAGAAAGAGACACCAAGAGUCAAACCACCUCUUGUCUAUAAAUGGUGGGUCAAGGUCUCUUGGCCACACAUUAAGAAUCCCUUUUAGAGCAUUCUAUUUCUCUUUGAGGAACUCAUUGGAUGACUCAUUUGUGUUGAUCUAAAAGGUCAACCCCAUUCUUGAGCCUUUAAAGAUUUAAGUAUGAUUUAUAAUCCAUUCUUAUUUCAUUUUAUCAUUCUCUAUUAUUUCAACAUUAGAUAGUUCAUUUCCAACGGUUACUCCUUUUUUACAUCUCGUGGAUUGACACCUACUCUCUUCUCUCUAUUCUGUGCUGGUAGGCAAGGUAAUAGACUUUAGCAACGCCGACGUCGUGGUGGACCAGUACCAUCGCUUCGAGGUAAGAGCCCCAACCCUGUCGCAGUGAGACGGGUUGUUUCGGGUUUCACCCCCUUGCCUUCGUCUUGAACUGGAGUUCUUCGACAGGAAGACAUCCAACUCAUGGCGAACAUGGGGAUGGACGCAUACCGGUUCUCCAUCUCGUGGUCUCGUAUCUACCCCAGUAAGCUCACUGGACGGCUCCCGCAUAGUCAAUUCCCAUCCUUUCCUUUUCUUUUCUUUUUUUUUUUUACUAGUAAGCCUGAAAAUCCACUCUUGGGUAGAUGGGUCCGGUGCGGUCAACCAAGCCGGGGUAGACCACUACAACAGGCUCAUCAACGCUCUACUGGCCAAAGGUUAGAACGGUGAAUACUGGUUCACGCCGCCGUCCGGGAGGCUCUGACUCUUCAACGGAUAUCUCAGGAAUACAGCCCUACGUGACCCUCUACCACUGGGACCUUCCACUCGCGUUAGAAGACAAGUACAAAGGCUGGCUCGACCGUCAGAUCAUGUAAAUAUCACUUCACAAAGAUCAUGGAUCGUAGCCUAUAUGAAUUAUCUCACCUUUGUCAUAUAUUUAUUGCAGAAGUGACUUUGCGAAUUACGCGGAGACGUGCUUUAGGGAGUUUGGCGAUAGGGUGAAGCAUUGGAUAACGUUCAACGAACCCCACACCUUCUCGAUACAGGGCUACGACGUCGGCCUCCACGCCCCCGGGCGCUGCUCCAUCCUCUUCCGUCUCUUCUGCAGGGGCGGAAACUCGGCGACCGAGUCCUACAUCGUCGCACACAACGUACUCCUCUCUCAUGCAGCAGUCGCAGACAUCUACAGAACGAAGUACAAGGUGAGGGACAGAGUGAGAGAGAGAGAGAGACUGAGAGAGAGAGAGAGCGAGAGAGAUUGCCAAACAUGGGUUGAUUUUCAACUUUUAAUCCAUUCUUUAUUGUGAUACCUACAUCUAAUAAAUACUUUUGCCGAAUUCUUCUAUGAUGAUGGUGUUCAUGCAUCUAGAUACACGCACACACACUCUGUCUUUAAAUAAUAAUAAUUUACGUUGCGUCACUAUUGUCCAUUGGAGAAACUAUAACAAACGUUUCCUUAUCCAGGCGACACAGAACGGUUCUCUUGGGAUAGCAUUCGAUGUGAUGUGGUACGUGCCUUCGUCAAAUGCUCCGGAGGACAUCGAGGCGACUCAGAGGGCCCAAGAUUUUCAACUCGGAUGGUGAUUCCACUCCACAACUGCAUUAACCUUUUUGGCAAUUUCUCGUUGAUCAUUUCUUCCUCAUUUUGCCCAUCCCUGCCUCUCAAACGCUAGCUGGGGUCUAUCGACGCGCAUAGUAAUUUUUCAGUGUGCAGGUUCAUGGAUCCGCUCUUCUUUGGGGAAUAUCCGAGCUCAAUGAGAACCAGGGUGGGCAACAGGCUUCCCAAGUUUAGUCCCCAAGAAGCUGCCUCCGUGAAGGGUUCUCUGGAUUACGUGGGAAUAAACUACUACACGACAUACUAUGCAAUGAAUGAUAAAAGGAAGAUAGUCAGCGUUCUUCUCAACGAUGCCAUGGCCGAUUCAGGGGCCAUCAAAAUCCGUAUGUUUUACCUGCCUGCUCUCCGACUCCACUUGGAAUCCCCACCCUGAUCCUUAUCCUUUGCGGCAUUGCAGCCUUCAAGAAUGGAAGGCCCAUAGGAGACAAGGUAUCAUCCCCAUUCUAGGCCUUAAAGAUGCAUGUUUUAUGCGAGAAAUGGGCGUAAAUUUAUCGACUGAAUACCUCUCGGAUGUAGGCUUCCUCUAUAUGGUUGUACAUAGUGCCGGAAGGAUUGAGAAGCUUGAUGAACUACGUCAAAAGCAGAUAUGGCAGCCCGCCUAUCUUCAUCACGGAGAAUGGUAGCAGCCUCUCUCUCUCUCUCUCACUCACUCUCUCUCUUUAUCUGUCCAUCUUGUUCUGUCUCACGCUCGAUAUUCACCAGGCAUGGAUGACCCGAAUAACCCUUUCACCUCGCUCAAAGACGCCUUGAAGGACGAGAAGCGGAUCUUCUACCACAGCACCCACCUCUCUAACUUGUCUGCUUCUAUUAGGUAACCAACUUCCCCCACCCAGUGAACAGUAUCAGACUGUUCCAUCGGCUUUCUGACUCCACUGUGUUGACCGGUAAAUAUGUCGCUCAUGUCGUGCGUUGACCGACGUGUAGGGAGGACGGAUGCGACGUGAGAGGAUACUUCGUGUGGUCGCUUCUGGAUAAUUGGGAGUGGGGGGCGGGGUACACGUCCAGGUUCGGCCUGUACUUCGUUGACUAUCGCGAUAAGCUGAAGAGAUAUCCCAAGAACUCCGUCCAGUGGUUCAAGAAAUUCCUAACGCCCACCGCUUUAGAUAACUAA